CCUGCUGCAGGUGUGAUGGACAGGUAGCGGAAGAUUUCACUUUGAUAUCAGGGAAUCAGAAUGACCGAGUGCUUCCUGCCUCCCACUAGCAGCCCCAGUGAACACCGUCGGGUAGAACAUAGUGGAGGUCUUGCUCGUACUCCCAGCUCUGAAGAAAUCAGCCCUACAAAAUUCCCUGGAUUGUACCGCACCGGUGAGCCUUCACCACCUCAUGACAGUUUACAUGAGCCUCCAGAUGUAGUAUCUGAUGAUGAAAAGGAGCAUGGGAAGAAGAAAGGAAAAUUUAAGAAGAAAGAAAAAAGAACGGAAGGUUAUGCUGCAUUUCAAGAGGACAGUUCUGGUGAUGAAGCUGAAAGUCCCUCAAAGUUGAAGCGGUCCAAGGGAAUACAUGUCUUCAAGAAACCCAGCUUUUCCAAAAAAAAGGAAAAGGAUUUUAAAAUAAAAGAGAAGCCCAAAGAUGAAAAACACAAGGAAGACAAACAUAAGGAAGACAAACAUAAGGAGAAGAAGUCAAAAGACUUAACUGCAGCAGAUGUUGUAAAACAGUGGAAAGAGAAGAAGAAAAAGAAGAAGCCAAUUCAGGAGACAGAGAUACCUCAAGCGGAUGUUCCAACUCAUAGACCUGUGUUUGGCAUUCCUUUGUCCGAUGCGGUAGACAGGACCAUGAUGUACGAUGGCAUCCGCCUGCCAGCAGUUUUCCGUGAAUGUAUAGAUUACGUAGAGAAGUAUGGCAUGAAAUGUGAAGGCAUCUACAGAGUUUCAGGAAUAAAAUCAAAAGUUGAUGAGCUGAAAGCAGCCUAUGAUCGAGAAGAAUCACCCAACCUGGAAGAAUAUGAGCCCAAUACAGUAGCCAGCUUGCUGAAACAGUACCUGCGAGAACUGCCUGAAAAUUUGCUUACCAAAGAGCUAAUGCCCCGCUUUGAAGAUGCUUGUGGAAAGAGCACAGAAGCUGAGAAAGUUCAGGAGUGCCAGAGGCUGCUGAAAGAGUUGCCAGAGUGUAACCAUCUCCUAAUUUCUUGGCUGAUUGUGCAUAUGGACCAUGUUAUUGCAAAGGAACUGGAAACAAAAAUGAACAUCCAGAACAUUUCCAUAGUGCUCAGCCCUACUGUCCAGAUCAGCAACCGUGUGCUGUAUGUGUUUUUUACGCAUGUUCAAGAGUUCUUUGGGAAUGUGACCCUAAAGCAGGUGACAAAACCUCUUCGCUGGUCAAAUAUGGCAACAAUGCCAGCACUUCCAGAAACACAAGAAAGCAUCAAAGAAGAGAUCAGGCGACAGGAGUUCCUACUGAACUGUUUACACAGAGACUUGCAGGCAGGGAUAAAAGACUUGUCCAAAGAAGAGAGACUCUGGGAGGUGCAAAGAAUUUUAACAGCUCUUAAGAGGAAACUAAGAGAAGCUAAGAGACAGGAGUGUGAAACAAAGAUUGCACAAGAAAUUGCUAGCCUUUCCAAGGAGGAUGUCUCCAAAGAAGAAAUGAAUGAGAACGAAGAAGUUAUAAAUAUUCUGCUUGCACAGGAGAAUGAGAUUUUAACAGAACAAGAAGAACUGCUGGCCAUGGAGCAGUUUCUGCGGAGACAGAUUGCCUCGGAGAAGGAAGAAAUAGAUCGCCUUCGAGCGGAAAUAGCCGAAAUACAAAGUCGCCAGCAGCAUGGCCGAAGCGAAACCGAGGAAUAUUCUUCCGAGAGUGAAAGCGAGAGUGAAGAUGAGGAGGAACUGCAGGUCAUCCUGGAAGAUUUGCAGAGGCAGAACGAGGAACUGGAGAUAAAGAACAAUCACCUGAACCAAGCGAUUCACGAGGAGCGAGAGGCCAUCAUAGAACUGCGCGUGCAGCUUCGACUGCUGCAGCGGGCUAAAUCGGAGCAGCAGGUGCAGGAAGAAGAGGAGCCAGAAAAACGUGGGGGUGUUUCUCAGCAGCAAAGAGACAGUGUCCUGGAGACAAAAGCAGCCAAAGAGCAGCCAAAAGCAAGCAAGGAGCAGCAAGUCAAGCCAUCGCCAAGUAAAGACAGGAAAGAAACUCCAAUUUGAUCCAGCUCCUUGAAUACGCAUAAAAUCAACUGAACUGUGCAAAUUACUGUAAUUUGAGUCAAACUGCACAAAUUAUUGCUGGCUGUGUACAUUCUGUAAAGAAACUUUUCUUUUAAGCCCUGGAGACUUUUGUCUCUAAUCCUUGUGGCUUCUACUCAUCAGACUCAGGUGAGUUUGGAGAGGCCAGAAGAGUUUUCCAGUUAGUAUCAGAUUAUUUCAAGACUGGUUUCCUUCAGGUGAUUUAAAAUAAUUCAGUAACAGUUUUAUUUUUAACCAAAAUCAUUAUUUACAUUCAUUGGAGCAGAAUUGGAAGAUCUCAUUUUCAGUGAAUAAACAAAAACUCACCCACACUUACUAAUUAUUUGCCUUGUGAAUCUCUUCAUGCUCAUUCACCAUUCUUUUGGCUUAUUAACCUAGUCACUUCUUGCUUGUGCCUUUGAUACCUUUCUGAUGCAGAUUAUAUACAAGGGAGCUUUAAAUUUAUUCUGGGUUGGCUGAAAAGUUGGGAGACUGCAGGGUAUCGUGUUUACCUAACAUGCCCUUAAGCUUCAUUUUUGUUCCGAGAUGUACUGAAUA